GUCCCUUGUUUUUAUUUUGGUUUUAGGAAAACUGAGUUCAGGAGUGACUCAGACUUUCACUGCUCUUGGCAGGGAUCAGGGACACGUGGAAGGGACACAACCAUACUGUGCCACACAGCACUACAGCUAGACGUGGUGACUGUUCCUCUGGUGGGAAAUAGUGGGGCAGGGAGCAGAGUCCUGAGCAGCUCCCCAGGUCUGUCCCAGCUCCUUUGCAGGAGGUGACUCAAGCCUUGGUCAGGGUCAGAAGUGUGAGCUGUGCUGGGGAGCACAGCACUGGGCACACACUGGUCUCUGUUGGCUGCAGGAUGCAGAGGUGGGCAGGCAUUGUGCAGGCCAGAAGCUGCAGCCCUGUGGCCUCAAAUCUCCCUGGAGCCUAGGAGAGGUGGGGAGGUCAAACCCCAGAUAGUGGCUCCUACAGCCUUUGGCAAGGACCCACCUUGCUCCACUCACAGCUGAAUCUGAGUCAGCCAGAACACUCCUGUGGCUGGGCUGGCUCUUGGUAUGUUGUGAUGGGCUCUGUGCAGUCCCCAGGUAGCGGGUGAGCAUCCUGAGGGUUUGCCUGGACCCAGAGAAACACUCCACACUGCUUGAGGUCCAGGCAGGGCAGGACUAAGCCAUUCCCCCAGUAGCAGGGCAGGUUUAAAGCUUUGGGAAAUGCUGCCAAUUGACAGAGAGACCCACAGCUCCACUGCUCCAUGGUUUCUCUGUGUGCCUGGGAGAUGUACCCAACCCCCAGCCCUCCCACGCCAGCUGAGGCUGCACUUGGAGCCUCACAACAUCAGCCUUUCCCAGGACAUGGUGUUCCUUCUGCUGAAGAACACAGAUUGGGAGAUAGCUCCCAGCUUCCUCUUAACCCAUAGACACACUCCCCUUCUUUGGGGCCAUCUCCAGCAUCUAGCUCAGUGACAGCAUCAUGGCCUGACCCUGCUUUCUAGUAAAGCCAAACCUCAUGCUGGCACUCAUGGUCCCCCCAGGGCUCACCCACUGCCACCCCAUACUAUUCUCCACCCCAGGCCAGCCUGCCCCCAAAACCACAACUCCCCAGCUCCCCUCCAGCCAGUUAAUUCUCCCAUUGAAUAAUUUCUGGGGGAAUUUCAGGGAAUUUAGACCUCACCACCAAUAUUUUCCUUGGAGACAGCCCAGGGUAAAUGUUCACAUUCCUUGGCUAAGCAAACAGGACCUUGGAAACUCCUGUCUCUGAGAACACCAAGGGUUAAGGGACAGCAGUGCCCUGCCCUUGACCCCAGCAGGGUCAUCAUGGAGCCACAGUCCAUGAGCUGCAGAACAGCCCCUGGCAGGAGGGAUUCUUCUCCAGAGCUGCUUCUAGCAGCACCUUCAUUUACCGGGCAGAAAGGAGAGGAGCGGGAUCAACUUUCCCCACCCCGGCCCAGCUUGAGCAGCACUGGGGGGGCACCUACCGAACACCAGCCCCGCCUCCCUGAGGCUGCUGCUGGCGGGGUUUGGUCCCUGCUCCUCGGGUGCCAACACCCCCUUUGGGGGAAAUGUCACCCUGGCUGGGUGGCCUGCGCAGGAUGGGGCACCUCUCCUCGGCGGCACCUCUGCCCCCCGUCCCCUGUCCCACCCUCUUCAUCCUCCGUCACCUCUUUCCUUCCUUCCCCCGAUAUCUCUCCUCCACCUUGCGGGUUUAAACCCGGCUCGGGUAACACGUUGCAUAAACCCCGGGCACAUGCCGCUGCCCCGUGUCCCCGAGGGUGCCCCGGGUCACCGCCAGGCCGUGGUGCCACCCCCGGGCGGUGUCCGUCCGUGUGUCCGUCCCAGAGCCCACAUGGUUAACGCGGUCGGCCCGGCCCCCCCCCGGCCAUUGGCUCCCCCCUCGCAGCCCCGCAGCUAUUUCUUGGCCGCCGGGCUCGGAGGUGACAGCAGGCGACAGCGGCGCGCGUCCCCGCUGCUCGCCCCGGGCUGCCAGGGGGUGCCGGCACCCCGCACCCCGCGCCCAGCCAUGGGGGGCUGCUCCCGCAGCAAUUGGAUUUUGCCCCUUUUUUUGGCUGGGCUUGUCCAGCUGGGGCGAAGUGAGGAGAGAGAGAAGGUGGACUGCUACCCCACGGUGACGGACACCAUCUACAACUACGGGGCCCUGACCCUCGAUGGGGACGAGUACAUCCCCUUUGAGAGGUACAAGGGAAAGACAGUGCUCUUUGUCAACGUAGCCACAUACUGAGGCCUGACCCUGCAGUAUGUUGAACUGAAUGCACUACAAGAUGAGCUGAGAAACCAAGGGUUCGUGGUCCUUGGCUUCCCCUCCAACCAGUUUGGGAAGCAGGAACCUGGCCAGAACUCAGAGAUCCUCCCAGCACUUAAGUAUGUCCGGCCAGGAAAUGGCUUUGUUCCCAACUUCCAGCUGUUCCAGAAAGGGGAUGUGAAUGGGGCCAAGGAGCAGAAGAUCUUCACCUUUCUGAAGAAUGCCUGUCCACCUGUGGCGGAGGAGUUUGGGAACCCCAACAAGCUCUUCUGGGAGCCUCUGCGGAACCACGACAUCAAGUGGAACUUUGAGAAGUUCCUGGUGAGCCCUGAGGGAGUGCCCAUCAUGCGCUGGUACCAUCGCACCAACAUCGCCGUCGUGAAGAGAGACAUCAUGAACUACCUGAGGACACGGCAGCAGAACCAUGAGGAACAGCAGGAGCAGUAGAGCCUCAGGCUGCUGGCAUGAGGGCCAGCAUCCCCCCAGCUGCUUCCAUUCCAUUCCCUCCCCAGAUGUUCCCCAGCAGCAGGAAUCAUGCACUGUCCUCUCCAUUGCUCCUGUCUCUGGCACCCCCCAGUCAGGAUGCUGGGCUGGGCGAGCUCGUGGCAGAGACCUCAGCGAUGGCAGUGGCAUAGUUCCAAUAUCCCCGUGUCCCACCUUCAUUCCUGGUGGUGACAUCUCCUGGCCUCCAGCUUGCCCCUCUGCUCCACCAUCGCAGACAGUGGGAGGAUGGAGGGGCCAGCUGUCCCUGGAGCAGGAGACCACUUCUCCAUGAAGGCUCAGCCCGAAAGCCCCUGGCUGGGGCGGGCCUGGCCUGAUCGUGCCAAGCACGGAGCAGCUCUUCAGUGCAUUCAGGCUGCCCGUGGUCCUGGCACACAGAUGUGCUGCUCUCCUUCUCAGGGGUGGCCGGCCCCUCCCCACCCACCACAGAAACACCAAAUAAAGGCUUUGCAAAUA